GGAAAAUCGAAUGGCAAUCGCAGUCGCAGAUCUGAUUCCAAUUGCCCUGAAGCUAUGGGCGGCACCGAGCGCGGCAGGACCGAGAAGGUUGGCUCGGAUCCGCAGUGCUUGACGCUUUCUGACAUCGGGCGUGCAGCUGCGCUCGUGACAGGCUCGGGGCGCGGCUUCGGAGUGAGCGACGACGGCGAGGACAGCGACGAGCGGGGCGGCUUGAAGCCCGGCGAAGGCCCCGACGCGGACAAGCCAGAUGAUGAUGACGAAGAUAGAGACGCACCACAGCCGUCCUAAGCGCAGGGGCAGCCGUGUCUCCGUGAUCAAGAACGACCCCGGCGUGGCGUGACCAAGAUAGUUCAGAAGAAAAUGACGUGACGUGACGUGACGCGCUGGCUGACAAGAGCAACUCCGACUACGCCACGCUGGAGAAGAAGCUGAAGGGCGCUCCGUCUACAGUCACCGAGGCGAUUUCGCACUUCGAGGAUACGAUGAUCAAGCCAGCAGAGUGAUGGAAUAAUGCAGGUUUGAAGGAGAUCAAGCAGGAUGUGAGCCGCCUCACCAAGGACAUCAACACGUACCUCAAGGUCGUUUCCUCCCUCAUCUAGGGAUUGUUUGCGCUGCCGUCGAAAAAGGUGUGUUGUGAUGGGAUCUCGGUGAUUGCAUCGUCCUGUGCAGUUGCGUGUUUCACGCAUCGUCUUGCGCAGUUGCGCGUCUCAACUGCUGGUCACAUCGAGACGAUGGGCUCGACCAUCUGUCCA